GAUAAAGCAGCGGGCAAAUUGUCCGCACUUGUGACCCCGCUAACGUGCGCCCCGCGUUCAGAAAAAGCGGCCACCGCCCACUGUUCAGUUAAAUAAUAUCUCUUCAAAUAGAAAAAAAAAAUCCAAUUUCACGAGUCAAGGCUCUAAAAUUUUUGGAUUUUGGGUUCAGAAAUGACUGGAAGAGAGAUCUUGAACAAGGUGAUGGUCAAAGCUGGUCUCGGCCCAUCUUCAUCAGAAACUGGAAAGGGCAAGGCCAAGAUGUCAGGCAUAAAAGUCAAACAUGGCUACCACUUAGUGAAGGGGAAAUCAAGUCAUCCAAUGGAGGAUUAUCUCGUGGCACAAUUUAAAAAAGUAGAUGACUCUGAACUGGGUUUAUUUGCGAUAUUUGAUGGUCACUUGGGCCAUGAUGUUCCAGAUUACUUGCAAUCCCAUCUUUUCAACAACAUCCUGAAAGAGCCUGAUUUCUUGACUGACACAGAGGGUGCUAUCAGGAAAGCAUAUAAGUUAACUGACGCUAAAAUUUUGGAGAAAGCAGUUGAAUUGGGAAGAGGAGGUUCUACUGCAGUUACAGCGAUAUUAAUAGAUGGGUCGAAGCUUGUAGUUGCUAAUGUUGGAGACUCGAGAGCAGUGAUAUCUAAGAACGGCGUAGCUAAACAACUUUCAGUUGAUCAUGAACCUAGCAUGGAGAGGCCUUUAAUUGAAAAGAAGGGGGGUUUUGUGUCUAAUCUUCCAGGGGACGUUCCGCGUGUAGAUGGCCAGCUGGCAGUGGCGAGGGCAUUUGGAGAUCGGAGCCUAAAAGCACACCUUAGCUCUGAUCCACAUGUGGCCGUGGAAACAAUCGACUCUGACUCGGACUUCUUCAUUCUAGCAAGUGAUGGGCUGUGGAAGGUAAUGUCGAACCAAGAGGCAGUGGACUGUAUCAAAGAUGUAAAGGAACCGCAGGCAGCGGCGAAGCGUCUAACCGAAGAGGCUGUUGCCAGGAAGAGCAAAGACGAUAUCUCCUGUAUUGUGGUUAAAUUCGUUGCUUAACAACAUCAGCUGAGGUUUGUAGCAUGCUUUGAAGCGAUUAUUUUCUAAUAAUUCCGAGAUGCUCAUAUUGGUUUGAUGUGUGUAUAAUAUUAACUUUAGAGUGUUGAUGAACUUGUAAAAAUAACUCAGUUUUUAUUGCUUGUGUAAAUUGAUUUUCUCCGCUUCUAUGA